AUGCGACUUUCUGACGAAGAAACCCUUCAAUUUGAAACGUUGCGAGACUGCCUCUCAGCCGCCAUCGUAGAACGCGUGACAAAACCAGCACCAAAACCAAAACGCCGCUCCAAAAAGGCAAACCCUCGCCGCGGGCCCAAAUUUCAAGACGAAGCCUCUUCGGCCGUCACUGGCACUGGAGAUGUCGGCCACGAUGCUCCGGUAGACGCGGACGACAUGAUGGACUUCACCUCCUACCUCGCUUCCGAAACCUUCGAUUCGUUCCCCCCAGACCUCAAAUCCCUUUCUCACACCGCCCACACGGCCGACCCGUCCCUGCUGCACACCCGCUUCCCCCUGCCCCUCACCGGCGCCGACGUCGCAGACCUCUUGCCUACCUUAUCCCUAGACGUCGCCGACUCCCUGGCGGCAUACCACAUCGUCGACCCGGCAAAGCAGGGCGCGCACGAGUUCCUGGCCCCCGUGCUGACGGAGUACGUCUCGGCCCUGGUCGCGCCGCCGCCGCCGCCGCGCUCGACGAGGGGCCAGGCCGAGGGAUGCGAGCUGUGCGGGAGGGACUGGAUCGGCUUGACGUAUCACCACCUCAUUCCGCGCAUGGUCCACGACAAGGUCAUCAAGCGCGGGUGGCACCGCGAGGACGAGCUGAACAACGUCGCCUGGCUGUGUCGGUUGUGUCAUUCUUUUGUGCAUCGAUUUGCGGGGCACGAGGAGCUUGCGAGACAGUACUACACUGUUGACUUGUUGCUGGAGCAGGAGGAGGUUGUUAGGUUUGCGCAGUAUGCGAGCCGGGUCAGGUGGAAAGGCAGAUGA